AUGUCAGGAAAUGAUAAAAAGAAGAGUAGUUUUCGUAAGAUAUUUCCAUUCCUUUAUUCAAAAUCCAAAGAUAAGCGUAAAGAAGUUCCGCAUAUAGAAAAACUAGCAAUAAAUAAUAAUCAAGCUAGUAACCAAUAUCAAAAUCCACAGAACGUUGUCUCAAAAAAUGAUAGAUUCAAUGUAAUAGAACAAAACGACCGAAUCUAUGAAAAUCUGUGUAUGACGCCAACUUCUUGUAAAAGUCAUCAUCAAGUCACUGAUACUUACAAUAGCACCAAACGUAGACAGCAAAUAAAUGAAGAGCACCAUACAUUAAUACAAUCGAAAGACCAAUAUAGCCCACAAACUUCGCCAAUUUUUAAUAAUUCUCAACAUCCUAGUAAUAUGUCUUACUAUCCUGACAUUUAUUAUCAUUCCGUGGAAAGAUUAGCUGAUAAAGUUCUAGUUGUGGACCGAGAAGUACUCAGAGCAUCUCAAGUAAGGAGAGACCCUGAAUCAGUCGGAGCUGAAAUUAGAAAAGUUAGUACAAAGUUCCUAGUCUCCCCUAAAAAAGAAGCUACAGUUAGGACGAUGAAACCAAUAAGAGCAAAUAGUUUUUCAAUCCGUGACAGUGAACCUGUAGAGCUCAGAAAGGUGAACCGUGACACUGGCUCUCUAAGAAGAGCUUAUCAUUACUCUGCUCCAACUUCUCCUAUUUCUGUUGGACAUAGAAUACCAACAAUGCCGACGACGGUUUCGCCAGAUGAAAAAUUUAGAAAGUCACUCCUGGAAGCUGAAGUGAGUAGAACGUCGUUAAGUAGAACAAGUGAACGUUCAAAAUCUACACCACCCACAUCUCUAUUCAGAGAGACUGAUUCUCCUAUAUUAUACUCGGAAACGAAAAGAUCUAGUAAAGAAGUAGCACGGCAGAAGGUGGAGGCUUUCUACUGGCAAAAAAUAAAAGAAAUGAAGGACCAAGAUGAUCUUAACUUGCUUCAAAACUUACUACCACUUAAAUAUAAUACACUGUCUACAUCAAACACUAUAAACACAGGCGAAACUACUUAUCUAAAUUCACCAUUUAGGAGAGGCGUACCUGAACGCCGAACAGAUACCUAUAUUCAUAGUUCAGCGUCGUACUACACAGAUCCACAGAAAUCUAAUUCUGUGAUAGUAGGAAAUCAAACACCCGCGCGAGGCACACCACCGAUUCGCUUACGGAGGAAUGAAGACAAUAUUUCAAUUACAUCGACCAAUUCAAAGUUAUCGAAAUGUAGUAAAAAUACUAGUAGUAUGAACACAUUUUCCACAAGACCACCUGUACCACCAGUGCGUACAACUAGUGUUGCGGCCUCUAACAAAACAAAUGAAAAUCGAGUACAUUUGGAUGACUCCAAUAUUUAUUUUGAAUACGAAAGCGGAUCGGAAGCUGCUGAAAUACAAAGAAUAUUACGCAGUGACGAUUAUAAAGAUGAAGAUACAAAAAUAAAUGUACGGAACCAAGAGCGGGAACUCAAAAAACUUUUCUGCUUCGAAUUGAAACAUUCCGCUUGA